AUGCAAUAUAUUCAAAUAACAGAGUGUAGAUUUAUAGAUGAAAUUGAUGAGGUCAAAAGGUUUGAUGUAGCAACAAACUUUUGUAUAAGAAGAAAGAAUGAAAUUGAUAAUGUGAACAUAAAUCUAAAUUAAAAAAUAAAGAAUUAUGUAGAUGGUGAAGUAUAUUAGAAAAUUAUAAAAGGAUUAAUAUUAUAGAGAAAUCUAAGUGAAAAGUGAAGAACUUCAUUCUUUGGUAUUGGAUGGUUCAAAAUUAUUAGAAGUAAGAUGA